GGACAGGAGGGUUGGCUGCUCUCUUUGUAAAUAUGAAACAACGUGGAAAGUCUGUGCCAAUGCUGUGUGGUGUUUUGCAGUAACCUUACGGACUAAUGGGGUUUCUUCUGCUGGCUCUGACUCUGAGCUACUGGAGUUACAGCGUGGAGGGAUCGUGUUCAGAUGGCAGCUCAGUGACUUGUGAUCAGUGUUUGCAGCUCAGUCCCCACUGUGCCUGGUGCAAGCAGGAGAACUUCACAGACUGGUUUUCGAUGGGUGAAAGAUGUGACACACUGGAUAAGUUAUUAGAAAAGGGAUGUGCAAAGGACCAGGUGGAGUUUCCAGUUUCCAAUGGCCAAACCCUCCAGGACCAGCCUCUCGGGAAGAAGACCAAUGACACCAAUGGCACCCAGAUCUCCCCACAAAAGAUGACUCUCAACCUUCGUCCUGGUAGCCGGGUCACUUUCCAAGUUAAAGUGCAGCACACAGAGGACUAUCCAGUGGAUGUUUAUUAUCUCAUGGACCUGUCCGCCUCCAUGAUCGACGAUUUGGAGAUGAUUAAAGAACUGGGCUCUUCCUUGUCCAAAGAAAUGGCUAAACUCACCAGUAAAUUCCGAAUGGGCUUUGGCUCUUUUGUGGAGAAACCUGUCCUACCUUUUAUCAAGAUCACCGAACAAGAACUGGCCAACCCUUGCAGUAGUGUGAAUUCACACUGCCUGCCAACAUUUGGAUAUAAACACGUCCUUUCUCUGACGAGUAGCACGGACAAGUUCAACGAGAUUGUGGCACGGCAACACGUAUCCGCAAACAUCGAUGUCCCAGAGUGUGGCUUUGAUGCGGUCAUGCAGGCAGCAGUCUGUGGGGAGAGGAUUGGGUGGAGAAACGACUCAAUGCGUCUACUGGUCUUUGUGAGUGAUGCAGACUCACAUUUUGGGAUGGACAGUAAAAUGGCCGGUAUUGUGGUCCCCAACGAUGGACAGUGUCACCUGAACUCUGAUAAUGAAUACUACAUGUCCACAAAGCAGGAGUAUCCAACUCUGGGUCAACUGAUAGAUAAGGUGGUGGAGAAUAACAUUUUGCUAAUAUUUGCGGUAACACAAGAGCAGAUAAACAUCUAUAAGAACUAUGCAAACUUUAUACCUGGAGCUACUGUGGGAGUCCUGGCUGAAGAUUCAAGGAACAUCCUGGAACUGAUUGUAACAGCCUACAAAGAGCUGCGUUCAGAGAUAGAGUUGGAAGUUCUCGGUGACACAGAGGAUCUGCAGAUGUCCUUCACAGCCAUCUGCCCAAACGGGACUGUCACCACGGACAUGAAACGCUGCUCCAACAUUAAACCUGGAGAAACGGUUUUGUUCAAUGUGACUGUGGAGCUGCCUGGCUGUCUUUCUGCUCCUCGUCACUUCUCUCUGAAACCAGUUGGACUUCAGGACACACUGGACAUCAAACUGGACUCUAUCUGCUCCUGUGACUGCGGUCCGCCCUCACAGGGUAACAGCAGCCAGUGCACGCCAGGACAGGGGGCUUUCCAGUGUGGCAUUUGUGUGUGUCAGCCCGGCUUCAUUGGAGUUGACUGUGAAUGUAAUGAGGAGAGGGCUUUGUUGGGAGACUGCUUGGCUGGCGAUGAUGCAGAGAUAUGCAGCGGACAGGGCCAGUGCUACUGUGGAAAGUGUGUGUGUCAUGCUUCUAGCUUCGGACGCAUCUACGGACCCUACUGCCAGUGCGACAAUUACUCUUGUGUUCGUUUUCGAGGGGAGCUGUGCGGAGGCCAUGGCGUGUGUGACUGUGGGGAGUGCCACUGUGACCCUGGUUGGACUGGGGAGUACUGUAACUGCAGCACCAGCACUGAGCCCUGCCUAUCGGAGGACGGGGCGGUGUGCAGCGGCCGGGGCAACUGUGAGUGCGGCCAGUGUGUCUGCUCUGUCCCAGAAGCAUCAGGGGACAUGUGUGAGAAGUGCCCCACAUGCGGAGACGCCUGUAGCUCUGCCAAGGACUGUGUAGAGUGCCACCUCCAAGCAGAAGAGGAUGCGGAGCUGUGUGCCCAAAAGUGCAGCUUUCCUAAGAUUUCUAUAAACACUUCAGCAGAUUAUGACCAGAACCUGUCCAUGAAGUGCACGUUGAUGACAGACUCCGAGUGUUGGAUCUCCUUUUAUGUGAUAGGAAGUGAGAUAGGGACCAAUGCCUUUGACCUUCAGAUGUAUGGUUGCCCAGAGCCUCCUAACAUCCCCAUGAUUAUCCUGGGAGUGUCUCUGUCCGUGGUGUGCAUUGGCCUGAUCCUGUUGGCUGUGUGGAAGGUUCUGGUGUCCGUCCACGACCGGAAAGAGGUGGCAAAGUUUGAAGCUGAAAGAGCAAAAGCAAAAUGGCAGACGGGGACCAAUCCUCUAUUCAAAAGCUCAACGUCUACCUUCAAAAACGUGACAUACAAGAGCGCAGGCAGAGAAAAGAUUAUAACAAUGGAAAGCUGCUGACAAAGACAGUAAUACUGUAGAAACCACAUUUUGAAUGCACUUAAGAUGUGUAUGUGCGUGUGUGUAUGUGCGCGUGUGUGUGUAUGUGUGUGUGGGUGUGUGUGCAUGUGUGUGUGUGAAUGACAGAGAGAUUUUGUAAAUAGAAGUGGGGCCUAUAUUUUGUGGAUGUUUUAGACAGUUGAGACACUGUGAUUGACAGGCAUUACAUGGACUGCUGCUGGAAGUGCACUGCUUCUGCACUCUUAUCGCUGCACUUUCUGAUCAUUCAUCUACUGUAAAACAUGCAGCUGCAAAAAGGGGGGAGACUGAGUGAUCUACUACUGAACAUACCUGUUUUACUGAAUGAAUGUUUAUAAAAGUUGAUGAUUCUAA